UCAUGAGAUACGACACUCUAGUGUUCCAUCAAUAUUUGCAAACAGACAGGCAUAAUUAACUGGCAUAAAUCGAUGUUGAAGGACAACAACAAUCUUAAUUUGUUUUAUUUUAACAGCCGCCUGGAGGAUAUGAAAAUAGGCUCGUGCGUAAUACCUGCGGACUAGCCCGCUAGCCAAAGUUAGCGGACUGAGACUGUGCUAGGUGAUGAUUAGGUCAGAGACUGCCAUGGGCGGACGCAAAUGCUGGAAACCACAAUCUAAACUUUGUUCUCAUAAACACUUCUGGCUAAUUUGCAAGUGAUGCACGGACUCCAGUUCAGCUGUACUCGGUCAUGGAAAAAAGAGAGGAAAAGGAGCUGGACGAGAUCACCCUGCGCUUGCACAGGGACGGUGUGUCCCUUGAGGCUUCAGCAGAGGAGCGUGAGCGGCACCUGUGGUGUUUGCUCCAGCGCAGCGAGGGCAGCCUGACUGCAGCCACUGAAGACCUGCAGACUUUGCGCACACAGCAGGCCAGCGAGAUGAGAGAGGUGGAAAAUUACGUGGAGCAUAUUCGAAACAUGCUGGAGGAGCGGGAAUCUCUUACAGCGGAGUACGAACGUGACAACGAACAGCUCCGUGCUGAACUCGCUCUAAUGAAACACCAACAGGACUCCCAAUGUAAGGAGGUGGUGGAGAUGCUGGAGCAGGAGGGUCUAGCAGAGAUCAGCCAAAGCAGUGCCAGUGAGCAAGUGGCCUAUCUGCUGGUGGAGAGAGUCACUCUGCUGGAGAGACUGGAGGCUGCUGAAAGAAAGCUGGACACCCAGACCCUCACCGGCAACCUCAGAGAGGUGCAUCUACAGGAAGAGCUGGAUCAUAUCCGUCACGCACUGGAAGAGGAACUCAGACAGCAAAAGGAUAACUUGAAUAAGGAAUCAUCAGUUCAAAGUCCUUGGAGGAAGUUCUUUGGUGUGCGCAAGGCGACACUAAGAGCACAGAACCUUCCUGGCCACAGUGAAGAACUCAGUAGAGAGCGCACAGAACGGCAGAAGCUGGAAAGGGAUCUGGAAGAGGCAUCGAGUCGUCUUGCUAUGGCACAUAAAGAGAUUCGCCACCUGACAGAUGAACUAGAUCUCGCUCGUAAGGUCCAAAACUUGUCUGUACCUGACCUGCAGAAAACUGGGGAGGAAGUAGAGCAGUUAAAACAGGAAGUGGACAAGCUUAAACAAUGUGAUAUGGUGGAGCUGCAGAAGGCCAAGGAACGCAAUGAGCGGCUGGAUGGGGAGAUCUGUGUGUUAAGGGAUAGAGUUCGCUCAUUGGACACAGAGAGGAAGACUCUUCUUAAACUGGUUGAACAAUCAAAGCUGCACUCUGCUCAAGGGAUCAACGAGACAUUAGAGCUCAAUAAAAUACACUCUGCACAGGAUGUUGGGAAUAAUGUGGAUUCAUCUCUGGCUCCUGACGACGAGAUACUCCACAAAAGGUGUCGAAGAGAGUCUGAAGAUAAGGACAGCCGUCUGCGAGAGCUGGAGAGGAGGUUGCAGAAGCAGCAGCGGGUGCACGAGGAGCUGGUGGAGCGGAAUGAGGAGCUGGAGGCACUGUUGGGGGAGGCGCAGAACGCAGCCAAAGAUGAGCGAGAGCAUCAUGAGUGUGAGAUAGAGGGGUUACAGAGAAAGAUUAAAGGUAUAGAGGAAGAACUGAGUAAGAGGGAAAUCAAGAAAACUGAGAAGAAAGAUGAAGAUCAGGCUCGAGGGACUGACUCUGAGAUUAGUGAGAGCAUUAAAGAAAGACUGAAGUUCCUCGAGGGUCGUCUUGCAGAAGAAAAAAGUUGGAGGAAACAGCUGGAGGUGGAUCUAUCUGUAGCCAAGGCUGCGCUCAAAAAGGAAAAAGAGGUCAUGCAAAGAGACCACGAGGAGCUGAAGAGGUUACGUUUGGAGGUCCAGAGACUAGAGGUAGAAUGUCGACAAGGGAAGACAAUUAACAAGAACCUCACGCAGAUUAAAGGAGAAAAGGGAAUUUUGGAGGAAAAGGUGGCCCAGUUGGAGCGUGCUCAGACACGGCUCCAGGACAACCUGACACUUCAGACAGAGAACAGCCGGGCUGAAGAGGACCUGAGAGACAGCAGGGGACAGGUGGCAGAGCUUAAGUCCAUGGUGGACAAGCUGAGAACAGAACUGAUUCGACUAGAGAAGGAGCACAACACACUAAGAGAUGAGCUGAUGGAGAAGCGUGGGCAAGUGAUGCAGCUACAGAGGGAGCUCAGCGAGAAAGCCCACGAGAGGCUUCAGAAUGACGGGGAGAAAGAGAGACUCAGUCUGGAGCUCCUGCAUGUGAAACAGCAGCUCCAGUGUACCAGAGAGCAGAUACCCAGAGAAUCACAGGAGCACACGGCCAACCACAAGCCUGCUGCACAGGAGGGGCUUUGUCAGCUGGCCUGUGUUAAGUCAGAGAUGAGUAAGCUACACUCCACCCUGGAGGAGGAGAGACAGCUGGCCGGCCAACACCAGCUGGCCCUGCAGGCCCAGAUCAGUGAAGUUCAGGCCCGGGCUAAGGCUCAGGACUCACUCCUACAACAGAAAGGAGAAGAGAACAAACAGCUGAGACAGGACCUGCAGAGAACCCAGCACCUCUUCACCUCUGCUGAGCGAGAGCUACGCUAUGAGAGAGAGAAAAAUCUAGACCUUAAGAGACACAAUGCACUCCUAGACCAGGAGAAGAUCAAGCUGUGUGCAGAGCUGAAGCAGGCCCAGGCCAAAGUAGCCCAGCAGGAGGGAAGUGCAGCAGGACAGGUGGCAGAGCUGGAGAGACUCCAGCAGAGAGCCAGAGAUCUGGAGCUGGAGAUGGCCAGAAGCGCUCAGAACCGACAUACUAACAGCAGCUUGAUAGAGGAGCUAAAUUCAGAGAGGGCACGUGUGAUUGCUGCUGACAAGAAGGUCGUAGAACUGCAGCAGCAACUGAAGAACGCUCUGCACCAGCUGCGCCUGGAGGAGGCCCGAGCGGGAGAGACCAGCAAACUAGAGAGAGACACCAGAGACAUGUCUGAUAACCUGUCUGCCCUCAGAGCCCGACUGCAAGAGGAUCAACUACAGAGGAAAUUACUUGAGCAGAAAGACGAGGAACUCCAGCAGCAAGUGCGCUCAUUGCGGGCGAAGGAGACGACUCUGACACGCACCAACUUGGAGAUGUCACACCGCAUACAGGAGCUGGAAACACGGCUGCAGGUGCUGGAGAGUGAAAUUAACACGGCUAGAGAAGAGCAGAGAAGCAGUCAGAAGAGCUGCCACAGUCUAGAAGAACAGCUUCUGUCUUCCCAGCAUGAGUCUGAGAGACUGCAGGAGGAACUGAAGCUGGUUGUUCAGCAGCUCGACACUCACAUCAGGAGACACAACGAGAAACAUUCUCAGCACAAAACCAAGUUGCGCAAAGCUAAACAGAUCUUCAUGAAGACAGUCUCCCAACAUGAGCACAGAAUCCAGCAGCUGGAGAAUGAUUUGGCUCUUGCGACAAGUCUUUCAGAGAAAGAGAAGGACUGGAUUAGGACUGUGACAGAAGAAAACGACCAGCUCCUCCUGGAGAGACGAGAACUUCUGCAGCGAAUAAGUGAAGCUGAGGAGAUGGGAAACAAUGGACUGAGAACUGCCACUAGCAUCCAGCAGAGAGUUAAAUUCCUGGAGAUGGAGAAUAAACAGCUGCAAGAAAAAACUCUAACACUGGCCAAUCAGAUAGGAAUUUUAGAUCGCGCAUUGAGAAACCUUCAGUCAAUGUGUACUGUUGAGGAGGUCAAGAAAAUGUUUCCUUCUGGAGCUCAUCAUGAUAGCCUGUUGCGGACAUCAACUCCGAGUCCACAGCCUGGGCUCUGUGACUCAUGGGGAAUAUUGGAUGCCAUUCGCAAAGUCAAAGUGGGUGAAAGUGGAGUGAAGAGCCUGGACAUCACCUCGUCUGUGCCCGUUUCACAGUCCACUGAGAUAGGCUACCUGAAUGUGACCUCACCUGUGGCUCCCAACAGCAGGUUAGAGCAGGAAGAGAGUCUCAGUGCCACAAGCGAUGAGGCCUGAGGGAGUUACAAAGACUGUGAAAUGCCAUUACAGAGUUUGCCAAUCUGAAAAGUCACUGGAACAGUCAAAGCUUAAAAAUAAGCAACUGUGCAAGGGUAAAAUGUUUAGAUGUGUAAAACAGACAACUUGCUCAAGAAAUAGUUUCUGUGGCACCAUGACUGUGUGUCAUGUUUUAGGUCUUCUUUAAUUGUUUUUUAAAGCGAGUGUGAAGAGAUGUAUUCUUGCUCAGGCCCAUAUCACCUGCGUUGAAUUCAGUUACAUUGCCUUUGUGGCUCACAUAGAGUCAGGCUAGAACGCAUGAGAUUUUAUGUAAUUCACAAACAUGACACUUCAUUGGAUGCUAUGGUCAAUAGCCUUGUCACAUCUAUAAGAUGCCAUAUGUUUUUUUAUAUACAUUUACCCUAUAAUGGUACAACUGUGGAAAAGCACUUAAAGCACUAUUAAUUUGUGUUCAGAUGGUACCAUCUGCAGGUGUUUACAACUGAAAUGCACUAUUGCCUUUGGAUAAGCAGCAAGUAUUUGAGAUCAAGUUGAAAUUAAGUGUUUGUUUGUUUUUGUGAGAUUUGGUGUAAAUGUCACCCGAUACAUUUUGAAACCCAUUUAUGUGUCAGCAGACCUUUUCUCAUUUCUGUGCUGAUUUUAGGUGAAAAAUUGGUAAAAUGUUACAUGGAGUUGAGAGUACUACACUCCUUUGUAGCUGAAAGCAUGUACACUAUCAUUUAAAGUUUUGCGGUCAGUAAGAUGGAUUGAAAAAAAUGUAUACUUUUAUUCAGCAAGUAUGCGUUACAUUUAUCAAAAGAGAAAGUACACUUUUACAUUGUUACAAAAUAUUUCUAUUUCAAAUAAUGCUGUUCUUUUAAACUUUCUGUUCUUCAAAGAACUGUGACGAAAACAUAUCAGUUUCCACAAAAGAAAAUUAUUUUUAUCAGUGCUGAAAACAGUUAUGCUGCUUAAUGUUUCCACCAAAUCAGCAUAUUAGAAUGAUUUCUGAAGGAUCAUGUGACAUUGAAUACUGGAG